AUGUCUGCUUACACAACUAUAAGCGGAUUCAGUUCGAACUGCACAACCGUCAUUACAGAGACCCACGAGGAGCCCACGUUAGGAGCCAGCUCCGGCGCAGAUUUCGACAUUGACAUACAAAGAGCACGCAAGCGAAGAAGACACUCCUCGUACCAUGCGCGCACAUGGAGUCUGGAUCGGGACAAUGUUCAGCUGCUCGUCGACCGCUUUUUAGCGGAGCUCGGUCAACGGCUUGCAUUAGUAGAGGACUAUGGCCACUUUAAGAUAGAUGAGGGCAUGACUAUUGCGCUUGAUACGCUUCGUGAUGUUAAUGAAAGCUGCAUGCAAGUCGGUGGCGACCUGGUGGACGCUGGACGGCGGAGGGCCCAUAUCCUGGUGGAUACGGUGGAUGCCCACUACAAGGGCGCAUUAGCGACGAAGGAGUCGUUGGAGCAAAGGAUUAGAGAUGGCGUGAAGAUAUGUGAAGGCAUCCUAAGCGAUUUCGAGAAGGCUGCGUACGAGCUACGUCCGGCAGGCUUUGCCGAAAUCCUCGACUCCGGUAUCGCUUAUGCGGAUACCGCAGCAGCCAGAGCUGCGGGCAUGGUGUCCGAAGGCGCAGAAGCUGCUCGUCGAGCCCAAGCAAAGCUGAAGCUUAAGGUUGAGGAGGCCGUUGCGCGAGCUCGCAACUACGGUCUUCUUACGUACGAGCAACUCCCCGAGCCCUGGAAAGGGAAUCCGCAUAUCAUUUCUGGCUACCGCUUCUCUGAGAGUACAGCAGAGUGCAUUCGGUCCUGCUUCUCGGUAUCGAACGAGACGGUGAACAUCUGGUCGCAUGCAAUAGGUCUACUCGUCGUGUUAGCGCUCGCUUUCUACGUCUACCCAACAACCCCAGCAUUCACUGCGGCAACGAAGUUCGACAUCGCCAUUGCUGGCUGUUUCUUCUUCGCGGCAUGCAAGUGUCUAAUUUGUUCAACAAUGUGGCACACCAUGAGCAGCCAUUCCAACCAGACAAUCAUGGAACGCUUCGCCUGCGUUGACUAUACCGGCAUCUCACUGCUUGUGGCGACCAGCAUCAUGACGACAGAGUACACUGCGUUCUACUGUGAGCCUUGGAGCCGGUGGGUCUACCUUACUACAACGGUUGUUCUAGGUGCAGCAGGCACCGUACUACCAUGGAACCCUUUCUUCAACCGCGCGGACAUGAACUGGUUGCGGGUCGCUUUCUACGUAUCCUUAGCGGCUACAGGCUUCUUUCCGGUGCUGCAGCUUACACUUGAGCGAGGCUGGAACGCCACGGCAUACUUCUACGCGCCGAUUUCGAAGUCUAUCCUUGUCUACCUCGGAGGGGCAUUGCUGUAUGCGGCUCGCAUGCCCGAGCGUUUCCUUCCCGGCUGGUUCGACUACGUAGGCGCAAGUCACAACAUUUGGCACUUCGCAGUGCUGGGCGGCAUUCUGUUCCACUACACGGCUAUGCAGCGAUUUUUUGGUGAAGCGUUCAAGCGUGCGGAGAUCGAGUGCUCGGUAUAUUGA